AUGAGGAGAUCGGAAGACUCUGAUGCCCAGUCUCGAACAGGUCCCAGAAUUCUGCAGAUGGCGGAUAAGAAGCAAAAUAAAGUGCCUCCAUCCCAUUCAUUGGCCGCCGGGACCAUUGCGGGAGCAGUAGAGGCUACGAUAACUUAUCCGACGGAAUAUGUCAAAACGCAACUUCAACUUCAAAGUAAAACGGCAGUGAAGGCUUUUGAUGGACCAUGGGAUUGUGUGGUGAAGACAGUUCGAGAGCGGGGUUUCUUUGGUCUGUAUCGCGGCCUGUCAGCACUUGUUAUUGGGACAGCCAGUAAGGCAGGCAUCCGAUUCUUGUCGUUUGAGCAAUUCAAGAAGAUGCUCGCGGAUGAAAACGGAAAGGUCGCAGGACAGAGGAUGAUGCUAGCUGGCUUGGGGGCGGGUGUGACGGAAGCGGUAAUAGCGGUGACACCAACCGAGACGAUCAAGACAAAGCUCAUUCAUGACCAGAAUCAACCAAACCCUAAAUAUCGAGGAUUGAUACACGGAACACGAGAGAUUAUUCGCAGCGAAGGUAUCGGCGGCAUUUACCGUGGCAUGACGGCGGUUGUGGCUCGGCAGGGUGCAAACUCUGCUGUCCGACUCAGUACAUACGGCAUGCUGAAGGAAAAGGUCCAGGACCGCUACCCACUCGACCCAAUCACGAACAAGCGAGUCGUGCCGUGGUAUGUUAACUUCGCAAACGGUGCCUUUGCGGGCAUUGUCACCGUGUAUAGCACGAUGCCUCUAGAUGUCAUGAAAACACGCAUGCAGGCACUUAAUGCCAAGGAGCUAUAUAAAAAUUCUUUGCAUUGCCUGUACCGAAUUGUAACGGAGGAAGGAAUUCGCGCCUUAUGGAAGGGAGCGACGCCGCGUUUGGGACGCUUGAUUUUUUCGGGUGGUAUUGUUUUCACCGUUUACGAACAAGUUUUGUCAAUCUUAGAGAGGACGCAGUCAAGAGUAAGCGUGUAGAACACUGGCAUGUAGAUAUAUAGCGAAAUAGUUUUAGGUGGAGAUUUUGAACAUUGACAUAUUUAUUGUUUUCAAAUCAACACUGAUUCAAUACAAAAUGGGUACAUGUG